CUCGAUUCCCCAACUCUCAGCCCCAUCUCUACCCUCUCCCCUUCUCCUCUUCUCCAAGAUCUCCUCCGCCAUUCCUCCUCUUCUUCCCCAUCCGUUACUGAACCACGCCGCUCGCCGCGUACCUCCCGCAAACCCCGCCUUGGCCGUCACCACGACCCCAACCGCGGCAAACCAUGGUCCGUCGACCCCCGCGUCUCCCUCCGCGGUCACCGUAUUAUCCGCUCCCUUCUAAAUCCCGCCUCCCCCGAACUUGAACCCGUCCUUCGCCAACUCCUCAACCCCGCCUGCGACGAUCCAAACUCUCUUCUCACUGAUAUUCUCGGAAUUGUUGAGGCCCUCGACUUCCACAAGCGAUCAGCCACUGCCCUUGCCGUUUUCGACACCGCUCGACGUGCUCUUGGAGACGCCCUCUUCUCAUCCACCGCUAUCAUCCCCGUCGUCAUCGGCAUCAUGGGCCGCAACGGGCAGCUCUCCGCAGCCGCUACCCUUCUUGAUGAUUUCCGCACUCAGCACUGCCCUGUCGACGUGUACGCUUACACUUCCCUAAUCACUGCCUACUCCCGGAACGAGCGCUAUCGUGACGCUGUUUCAGUGUUCCAGCAAAUGGAGGAGGAGGGUAUUAAGCCAACGCUUGUUACCUAUAACAUUGUGUUGAAUGUCUAUGGAAAGCUCUUCAUGCCCUGGCACAAAAUCGUCUCCCUUGUUCAAUUCAUGAAGAGGGAUGGAAUUGCUCCUGAUCGGUACACUUACAAUACCCUCAUCAGUUGCUGCCGCAGAGGAUCUCUGCAUGAAGAAGCUAUUGAGCUAUUUAAGGAGAUGAAAUCGUUGGGUUUAGGCCCGGAUAAAGUCACUUACAAUGUGCUACUGGAUGUUUAUGGAAAGUCUAGGAAGCAUGAGGAGGCUAUGGAGGUGCUUGGGGAGAUGGAUGCCAAUGGUAUUCCUCCGAGUUUAGUCACGUACAACUCUUUGAUCUCAGCCUACGCUAAAGAUGGGAUUUUGGAAGAAGCAAUGGAGCUGAAGGUGCAAAUGGAAGCAAAGGGGAUAGAGCCUGAUGUCGUCACUUACACUACUCUGAUAUCAGGUUUUGAGAAGGUUGGUAAGGAUGAGCUUGCCAUGAGAAUUUUUGAGGAGAUGGAGAGCAAAGGCUGCAGGCCGAAUCUUUGUACCUACAAUGCUCUGAUUAAGAUGCAUGGAAAUCGUGGAAAGUUUGCGGAUAUGAUGAGCAUUUUUGGGAUGCUCAGAUCAAACGGCUUUACGCCAGAUGUUGUCACUUGGAAUUCUCUGUUGGCAAUUUUUGGUCAGAAUGGGAUGGACACAGAAGUGUCUGGUGUUUUCAAAGAGAUGAGGAAAGCUGGGUUUGUGCCGGAAAGGGAGACUUACAAUACCUUGAUCAGUGCUUACAGCCGAUGUGGGUUGUUCAACCAGGCUAUGGAGAUUUAUGAGAAUAUGCUUACUGCUGGAAUUGGGCCAGAUCUGUCCACUUACAAUGCUUUGAUGGCUGCAUUGGCUCGUGGAAAACAUUGGCAGCAAGCGGAGAAGAUACUUGCUGAGAUGAAGGAUCUCAAUUGUCGACCAAAUGAGCUUACUUUUUGUUCUUUGCUGCAUGCAUAUGCCAAUGCGAAGGAGCUUGAUAGGAUGAAAUCCCUUGAAGAAGAUAUAUAUGGUAGGGUUAUUGAACCACGCAACAUUCUUUUCAAAACUCUUGUAUUGGUAAACAGCAAAAACAAUCUUUUGCCAGAGACAGAGAGGGCUUUCUUGGAGUUGAGGAAGAGAGGGUGCUCUCUUGAUAUAACUACUUUGAAUGCAAUGGUAUCAAUCUAUGGUAGGAGGCAGAUGCUUUCAAAGGUAAAUGAGAUUCUUAACUUCAUGAAAGAAAGUGGUUUUACUCGCACUCUGACUACAUAUAAUAGCUUGAUUAAUAUGUAUAGUCGGUUGGGGGACUUUGAGAGGGCUGAUGGUAUUCUCAGGGAGAUCAAAGAAAAAUGUGGGCGACCUGAUCUUUAUUCUUACAACACUGUUAUUUAUGCUUAUGGAAAGCAUGGCAGGAUGAAAGAAGCUUCCAGAAUAUUCUCUGAUCUUCGGGCUUCAGGGCUUAAGCCUGAUAUUGUUACUUAUAAUAUCUUUGUUGCAAGUUAUGUGGCCAAUUCAAUGUUUGUGGAAGCCAUCGAUUUAGUUAUCUACAUGAUAAAACAUAGAUGCAAGCCAAAUGAGAACACGUAUAACUCAAUAGUGGAUGGUUAUUGUAAGCAAGGGAGGAGAGAUGAAGCAAGUGCUUUUGUUCAAAACCUUGAACAGCUCAAUCCCGGCAUUUCAAAAGAGCAUCUGAACAGAUUAUCUGAACGUUUAGCAAGAUCUACCACUUGAUAUUGGCUUGCACUUGGCAAAAUUUUGGGUUCAGAAAUUUGUAUGAGAUAUUGACAAAAGAUGAUCAAAUUACUUUGUAUAUAAUGUUAGGCGAUCUGGACGACUGAAGAGCGCACUACUGGAUCUUACCUGACACUCUUACAAGUAUGGCCUCUAUAUCUAUGGUCUCAUUGUUUGUCGAUCAUUAGCCUGGCAAUUCCUUUUACAUUCUACUCUGUUUAAAACCAUUUCCUGAUACAAGAAAUUGCGGCUUUUUUAAAAUCUUCUCUGAAGCUUUAAAUGACAGAACAGGCAAACUUUUUAGAUCUGAAUAUGACGGUGGCCUUUGUUCAUUUCAGGCAGCAGUUAUAGAAGUUAUACUCAAUCUAUUUUCAGAAUUCAUUUUA